GGCGGGAAGGCUGUGCGGUGUCUAACUGGUGCGCCUGGCAGUAUACUACGGUACGGUAGAGUGUGUUACAGUGGUACAGUGUACUGCACGUGCCAUCUCGGCUGCCACAGUUUUCUCGAAGAGAUAGUGAGUGAAUAAAGUUUGAAAGCAAGAUUAGAUGGCGUAUGUGAAGGUGAAUCGCUCCUUCCUUGGUCCAGGAAAGCGACCAGUGCGGUCAAGGAGGGCGACCAAGACGAAACCAAAACAGGAAUGGGUGAGCACCGUCCACGACCUCACGGUGCACAGGGCCACGCCCGAGGAGCUGUCCUGGCGCCGUGAGAUCCACCAGUCUAAGAAUCGAGCCGCAGCACAGCUAGAGCUCAGGGAGCGGGCUGUCAGGAGGAGCUUUAGGAGGAGCCAUCCUUGUAGCCGCACCGCCCUGGAUUCUGUUAGCCAGCGCAUCACAAGAGAGCAGUGCCAGCUGCAGGAUGCCCUGGCCCAGUCUGACCAAGCGAUAGCUCUGGUGAAGGACCUGUUUGGCGAUGCUCCUCGCAGACACACCGGUUUCCCCCAUGUGACUGUGGCCCCCAGCUGUGAACCCAGAUCUGAGGUACCGUUGCUGCAGAGAGCAGAGCCCUUAACCCGGCUAUCCGUAGACGCACAGACGCCGAACGAGCUGGACAGAGAUUUAGAAGAAGAGGGCAGCGAAGACGAUCCGUCCCCUCACAGCACGUGGAAGAGGGACACGCGCCGGUCGAACGCGCUGCUCCUGCAGGACGCCUGCUUCCACGAAGAGAGAGAAAACGGACUGUUGACCCCCGACCCCCAGGCACCAUGCAGUUGCUCUUCGGAUCCCUGUCAUGUGUCUGAGGACCAGCAGGCUGCACUCAAUGCGACGCUACAAGUUCGCCGUGUGCGCCCUCAGUCAGACUCGCCUUCGCUCCUCGUCUCGCAGGUGCUGAACCCCAGUCCUGCUACUCCGAAAAAGCCAGAUAAGAAAACCAGGCCUUGUGGGACCAGCAGGACGCAGGACGUCUCAAGACUGAAUAGUUCAGCCCUCAGCUCUCUGAGUGGGAAUCAAUCCAGCCUUGAGGUUCUGCAAGGAAUGCUGGGAGAAGUGGAGGAGCAGCUGGACAGUCUUGCUCCCCAUGAAGCUCCAGAGGCUGCAGAAACCCAGCAAGGUGCCCCCAGCCUCACUGGCUUCUCCAUGUCUCUGGUGUCCAGCCUGGGCCGUCUGGCACGCCAUCUCAGACAGAGCCAUGAGAAAGUGCAGAAGGAGGUGGAGCACAGGAAGAGAGUGGAGGAAGAAGUCCAGGAUCAGCGGAGGCUGCUUGACGCCCUCACUGUGGAAUCGCUGUCGCUGCGGGAGGAAAACACAGCUCUACAGAAGCACUUGAAGGAGCUGGAGCAGCGGCUCGACACUCUGCUUCUGGCAGCAGGUGGGCUGGGGGAGCCGGGCGGAAUGGGAAGCAAAGAAGAGUCGGGACCUGCUAACGGCGGUGCGUGCGACUCUGUGACGUCGCACAUGGAUGCUGCUGUCUCUCUUGAGAGAGAAGUACAGGAGCAGGUGCUGCUACCCCCAGCAGUUCUGCUCUCCCCCCCACGGCAGAUGGACUCUCAGCCCCUCAGCACUCAAGUGCAAGGUUGUUCUCUGCAGUGCCAUGGCAUGACCACCAGGGGGAGCAGUGCCGUCUUCCCAGGGGUGGAAGGACGCAAUGAGCGCUGUGACUCCCACUCCAUCCCCUCCUUCGCCAGCCUGCCUCGUCUCUCGCCCUCCUGGGAUCCCAACACGGUCCUCAUGCACUGUCAGACCUCUGUCUCCGAUCCGUGUCGGCAGCACUAUUGGGUCGGAGCCCAACUGGAGCAGCUAUGCUCGGCGUCAUUAGGAGGAGGAGGACCCCAGGAGCAGGGCACAGAGACCAGAGCAGCCUGUAGAGUAGCUGCGAGCACAGCGUGGCAGGCGACGCUCAUGGAAAAGCGCCUCCAGGAGCUCAACAGGCAGAGUGCGGCAGCACGCAGUAAGAUUCUAGAACUCAUUGAGCAGCAGAGGCAGGAGGCUGACAGUCCAGCAUCCCCCUCCUUCUCCCCUGUUCCACCUGCUGCCAGUAUGAGGACCCCACAGGUGGCCAUAUCCUUGCCUGAGCGUGAUCUUCCUGUGGACAGUAACUAUGGAGGAAGGCUUGUGAGGUGAAUGGAGGCAACUGGUUUCCAGUGAGACGUGAGCCAUGGUUCGAAAGCCAAAGUGACCUUUCUCCCCCGGUGACCUCACUGAAGCCUAAGCCCUCUGGUCCAAACAUGAAGUUAUUUUAGCUUUUCUGACAGUCCAGUUGGUUCCACAUGCAUGAAAUAAACUC